AAUAACCUUAAUCCGUCCGAUAUUAUCUGGCUUUAAAUCUCAUGUCGCAAGGGAAGAAAUUGUAAAUAAAAAAUAAUCAGUCUACGGAUUCAAAUUUAAUCUUGCUAAAAUUGAGUAGCUUGCUAGUUCCGUUCGGAUUCGCGACAAUGCAAAAAGGCAGCAAUUUAUACAUUUACGUAACGGCCCUAUCGGCGAAUUUGUUCACGUUCGGAGUGGGGAUCGGAUACGGUUGGAGUUCUCCAGCGUUGCCAAAGCUAAGCGGAAGCGUAGAUCCAGAGCAGAAUCCCUUACCGGAACCCGCUACCGUCUCUGAGCAAUCAUGGAUGGCAUCUUUGCUAAGUUUGGGAGCGAUGACUAGUCCGAUCGUGACUGCUCUGCUAGCCGAGAAGAUUGGAAGAAAGAAGACGUUGCUCAUAUUUUCUUUGCCGAUGGUCGCGUCCCAUUUGAUCAUGGUAUUCGCCAACAAAGUUUUCCAUUUCUAUAUAGCCAGAUUUUUAAUAGGGGUUAGUGUGGGCUGCAUGUUCACUGUCAUACCGGUCUUCGCGGCAGAGAUAUCCCAAAAACACAACAGAGGCGUCGUGGGACUCAUACUCAACGUGAUGAUGACCUGCGGUCACCUCAUGGCUGCCGUCGUGGGACCGUACGUCACCAUAAGCGCGCUCAGCAUCAUAUCCUUGGUCCCCAUAGUGGCCUUUUUGGUGAUUUUCGGUUUGUUCAUCCCCGAAACCCCGUAUUUUUACGCGCUGAUCGACAACAAGACCGAAGCGGAACGAAGCCUCAUGCGACUGAGAAGAACAGCUUCGGUGGAGCAAGAACUCACUGAGAUAAUCAAAAGCGUCAAGGAGUUGAAGUUAUCCCAAAAUAGAAACUUCGUGGAGUUGUUCACCGACAGGUACCACCUGAAGACCCUCGUCUGGGUGAUUUUCGUGUUGUUCUUCCAGCAGUUCACCGGCAUGAUUUACAUCAUCUCUUACACCCAAAAGAUCUUCGACACUGCAAACACUCCGCUUUCUGGUGACGUGGAAGUGAUGAUCUUCACGGCGGUGCAAUUGGUAGCCGUUCUGUUUUCCACGCAAACCGUCGACAGAAUAGCGAGAAAAGUCCUAAUGAUCGGCUCUUUGGUGUUAAUGCUCCUGCCCAACGCGGCGAUGGCUAUCUAUUUCAAUCUCCUAGACUCCGACUAUGACGUCAGCGUGGUAUCUUGGAUACCGGUAGCGGCUCUAAUCGUCUUCAUCUCUGCCUACAAUUUAGGCAUAGGGCCUUUGGGGUUCGUCUUCGAAGGGGAAAUCUUCGACCCCAACGUGAAAGCCUGGGGUGUGACCGUCGGUACCUGUUUUAAGCUCUUGGUGCAAUUUCUAGCAGCGAUGUUCAUGCCGUCACUCUCGCAGGCGCUCGGAUUCUUCGUCCCUUUCUGGAUCUUCGCCGGGUUCACGUUGAUCGGCAUCGUCUUCAUCCGGAUUUGCAUACCCGAGACCAAAGGCAAGAGCUUUUUGGAGAUACAGCAUUACGUGCGGAACAAGAAGUAGAAAAUAAAGGACCGUUUUGUAAGAAAUUCGUUUCUG